CUACACUUCCCAGGUUCCUUUGAGUUUGGAUCUUGCGCAAGAUGUUUUCAACGGCCUCUGGUGUCAUUCGAUUGUCUUGUCAUCGCAAAUGACUCAAAUGAAAAGGUUUUAACUCCGAACUCCGGAUGAGGUCACUGAGUGUACCCCUCUCUGCCAUGAAAGCAUAUCAAGUCAACAGCUCUCCGUUCUUCUACAGUUGAUGGGUCUACUGCUGGGACAACGAUGACAGACAGUGUCAGGACGUUUCUGCACAACGUUGCUACGGGGGUCAAGGAUUCCAUUUUGGGGAUUGGAACAAUUUCUAAGUUAGAUUCGCGGAUUCAACAAAAAAGGCAGGAGCAACGAAAGAAAAGAACUAUUGGUGCCCUUGCAAAGAGACGGGUACAAACUGAUGAACACAAACCAGACAAUGAUCCAAGGGUAGCAAGCAGGAUUUUUCAGUGCUGUGCCUGGAAUGGAGGAGUCUUCUGGCUCAGUCUUUUUCUGUUCUACCGGGUGUUUAUUCCUCUGCUACAGACUCUCACUGCAAAAAUCAUUGGUGACCCCUCCCUUCAUGGCAGUGUAUGGUCUUGGCUAGAGUUCCUCUUGACUUCUGUCUUUAGCGCACUCUGGGUUCUCCCUCUGUUUGUUCUCAGCAAGAUAGUAAAUGCCAUCUGGUUCCAGGACAUAGCUGACCUUGCAUUUGAGGUGUCUGGCUGCAAAGCUCAGCCCUUCCCCAGUGUCAGUAAGAUUAUUGCAGACAUGCUUUUUAACCUUCUUCUUCAAGCGCUCUUCUUAAUUCAGGGUAUGAUUGUUAGUCUAUUUCCCAUUGAUGCGAUUGGACAGAUGGUGAGCCUCCUUCACAUGUCUCUGCUGUACUCUCUGUACUGCUUUGAGUAUCGCUGGUUCAACCAUGGCAUUGAAAUGCACCAGCGGCUUUCCAAUAUUGAGAGGAACUGGCCCUAUUACUUUGGUUUUGGUUUACCCAUGGCCCUGCUCACUGCUAUGCCUUCUUCAUAUAUUAUCAGUGGAUGCUUGUUCUCCAUUCUAUUUCCUCUUUUUAUCAUCAGUGCAAAUGAAGCAAGGACACCAACAAAGCUGUACCAUUUUCAGCUGCGACUCUUCUCUCUGGUUGUGCUCAUCAGUAACAAACUUUUUCACAAGACGGUCCAUCUGCAAUCCUCUCUUACGUUGUCAGGAUCAUCAGAGAAGCUCUCCUCAUCCCACAUCUCCCCCAAACCGCCAAAGAAUGCUGUCCACCCAAUGCUGCAUCCUCUUGAAUAACAUUAUAAAUAUAGAGACUUUACUCUGUGUAAUAGCAAGAGCCACAAAAGAAAGGUUUCUUUGAGAGUUAUCUUUUUAUGAAUAGGAUCUUUGGUGCAGGUUUAACAUUGAAAAGUUUUUGUUAAUUAAAAAUAUUUGUCAGGGUUUUGUAAUCUGUAAAAAUGUUUGUGUGCAGCAAAAGUUAUAUGUUUUUUUUUUAAAUGAUUGAUUGACAGAACUUUUAUUCUCCUACACGUAUGUUAAACGUGUCCUCUCCUAUGUUGUAUGUUAAACUCUAUAAUUAUAAGAUUUUUUUUAAACAAUUUCUAAAUUUUCCAUUUGAAAAACUCUCCUUUAUUAAAAUGCAAAGUAUAUUCAUGAGGGGUUAAAGAAAUGGAUUAUCCAAACAUUGAUGGAACUUUUCUGAACUCAAAGAAAACCCAAGUAUUGUUUUAUCCACAUGAUCACAUUCCUUUCUUACAGAGUCAGUCUCAUCUUGACGGUGUCUUUGCAGCAUUUUUAAAAAUAAACUUCUGCCUCAAAGAGAAACUUUAUUUUGGUAGUGGUGUCUCGCUGCCAAAGGGCUGCAUCCAUACUAUGCUUGAUUUUUACAACUACAUGGGAAGAAUUUGUUAAACAUCGAAUGGUUUGAAUAUAAUGUAUUAUUGAUAAGUAAAAAACGAGUGGUCUGCUUCAAUUGGAAAUAUUUCACGAUUCAGCUAAUUUUUUGUGUAUGUUGCUACCACACAGUUACACUGAAAACGUUUGAUUCAAGAAAGCAAGUGUGGAAAGUAGAAAUGAUUUUGAAAACUGUGUGCAGUAAUGGAAGGAUCUGUGUUAGAGCAGGCACAUUUUCUGGUCAUUUUUGUAAAACUAAUAGUUUUAUUUCAAUAAAGCUACCAGUAUUCAGUCUGUGAA